AUGUUAUCACUUACUAAAACAGCAAGGCAAACAGCUUUAAUGAGAAGCUCAGUGCCAAGCCUUCGAGGUAGCGUAAGAUCGUUGUCCCAAUUUGGGACCGUCAAACCACCUGUCCACAUCAAAAAUGAACCGGUAAAACCUUUCGGUUCCAAUGAUACAAAGGAUUGGGAUUUAUUAAGAGCAUCUUUAAUGAAAUUCAAGAGUUCAUCUUUAGAAAUUCCAUUAAUCAUUAACGGUGAACGUAUCUAUUAUAAUAAUUCUAAGAGAUCAUUCUAUGAACAAAGAAACCCUGCUGAUCAUAAGGAAAUCCUAGCUAAUGUCACCCAAGCUACUGACUUAGAUGUCAAAGAUGCUAUUAAUGCUGCUACAUUGGCUAAGCAAAAAUGGUAUCAAUUAUCAUUCUACGAUAGAGCUGCCAUAUUUUUAAAGGCUGCAGAUUUAAUCUCUACUAAAUAUAGAUACGAUAUGCUAGCUGCAACGAUGUUAGGUCAAGGGAAAAACGUUUAUCAAGCUGAAAUCGAUUGUAUCACUGAAUUAUCUGACUUCUUUAGAUUUAACGUCAAAUACGCUCAUAAAUUAUAUAAGAAACAACCAAUUCAAUCAGCUACAGGGGUUUGGAAUAAAGCUGAAUAUAGACCAUUAGAAGGUUUCGUCUAUGCAGUGUCUCCUUUCAAUUUCACUGCAAUUGCAGCUAAUUUAAUUGGUGCCCCCGCCUUAAUGGGGAACACUGUGGUUUGGAAACCAUCACAAUCUGCAACUUUAUCCAAUUAUCUAUUACUAACUGUUUUGGAAGAAGCUGGAUUACCAAAGGGUGUGAUUAAUUUCAUCCCAGGUGAUCCAGAAUCAAUUACAAAUGAAGUCUUAAAUGAUAAGAAUUUUGGUGCUUUACAUUUUACUGGUUCCACAAACGUCUUCAAACAAUUGUAUGGGAAAAUUCAAAACGGUAUAAUGGAUGGUAAAUAUAAAGAUUAUCCAAGAAUUGUUGGAGAAACUGGUGGGAAGAACUUCCAUUUAGUUCAUCAAAAUUGUAAUUUGACAAACGCCAUUUUCUCCACUAUUAGAGGUGCUUUUGAAUACCAAGGUCAAAAAUGUUCAGCUACUUCAAGAUUAUAUUUACCAAGUUCCAAAAGUGAAGAAUUUUUGAACGAUUUUGCUAAUAUCUUAAAGCAAGGUAAUAUGAUUCCUGUCAAUACUGCCGCUGGAACAAUCAGUGGUGGUGACUUGCAUGGAUUUAUGGGACCCGUCAUCCAUGAACAAAGUUUUAAUAAAUUAGUGAAAGUAAUUGAAGACGCCAAAGAGGAUCCUGAUUUAGAAAUCGUUUAUGGGGGUCAAUAUGAUAAGAGCAAAGGUUGGUUUGUUGGUCCAACCGUUAUUAAAUGUAAAGACCCUAAACAUAAGUACAUGACUACUGAAUUUUUUGGGCCAAUUUUAACGGUGUAUGAAUACCCUGAUGGUGAAUUUUCACAAGUUUGUGAUUUAGUUAAUGAAACAAGCAUUUACGGUUUAACUGGUUCCAUUUUUGCUAAAGACCGUGACAUUAUUAACUUAGCUGAUGAAAAAUUGAAGUUUGCUGCAGGUAACUUUUAUAUUAAUGAUAAAUGUACUGGUGCGGUUGUUGCUCAACAAUGGUUUGGUGGGGCAAGAAUGAGUGGAACUAAUGAUAAAUCUGGGGGUGAGAAUAUCUUGAGUAGAUUUGUCAGCAUUAGAAACACUAAAGAAAACUUCCUUGAAAUAAAUGACUUUAAAUACCCUUCAAAUUACUAA